GUUAUUAAACCUCAAAAAUGGCGAGCAAUAAUAUUGCAGUGUUAAUGGCAAUAUCUCUGUGUAUGAUGCUGCUUCUUCUUCUUCCAUCAUCAGCUACUCCAUUAGUAGAAAAUCAAGACCUUGUUGCAGCCACUGAAGAGAUGCAACGAGCUAAUUACUUCACAUUCGUGACACUUAUCAAUAUGUCUCCACCAGAUGCAAGACUUGAGGCCAACAUUACGUUCUUGAUGCCCAAGGAUCGCAUGCUCUCGAGAAUGACGAUGCCGGUAAGAUCUGUUUCAGAUUUCUUGCUUCGGCAUUCGAUCCCUUCGCCCUUGCUGAUUGAAACCCUAGAAAAAUUCCCUACAGGAACCACAAUCCCCAGUUCACUGCCAAACUACAUGCUUAGAAUCAUCAGCACUGGAAGGAAGAAUUUUGUUAUCAACAAUGUGAAGAUCAUUAGCCCUAAUAUUUGUGUCGUAGGAUCUUCAAUUCGAUGCCAUGGCAUCGAUGGGAUUUUGUCACAAGAAGCAGAUGGAUCAUCAGUAAGAAACUCGUCGUCAUCAUCCAGUACUGUUCCUCCUCCUCCAUCUUCUUCUUCAUGUCCUGAUAAUAAUAACAGCACAGAGUCUUCAUGCAUGGCUUCUUUAUCACCUCCAUCUCCAUCUCCUAUCAAUAAUGAAAAUCUGAGUCCUCUUACAUUGACAGCUCCUCCCGGUGAACCAGAUUCUGGGACACAAAAUUCAUCAGGAGCUUUUGGUGGAUCAUCACUGAACUUUGUCACCACUUUGAUGUUGAUUUUCGCAGGCAUUUAUUUUUAAUGGUC